GCUCUGAAUGACAACAAAAGUCCUGCUUACAACGAUCUUGUGAACAUUAUCGUACCACAGCUUGAUGUGGUGUUCAGGAACGCCUACGGAAAAAAAUUCUCCAGAACCCGAGUUAAUGGUUUCAGUAAUGGUUCGGUUAACGUGGAUGCUGUAGCAGAGUUUACCAAUCAAACCGCACCAAACGAGGACAAUGUACUGAGGACAUUUGUGAAUUCCUUGGAAAACUCUUCAAUUCCAAAUUCAACACUGCAGCUGGAACCCACAUCUAUAAAUGUGUCAGAUGUCACGCUCGCCACUCUGCCGCUGCUCAAAGUAAACAUUGCCUUCCUCGCAUUGAACAAGGUCUACAGCAGUGCCAUGAGCAACACCACCUCAGCUGAAUACGCUGCCCUCGCCACUCCGAUCACACAAGAGGUGCAGAAUAUGUUCAACAGUUAUUCAAAGCAACCAGUUUCAGUGGUGACCACAUUUUUGGACGCGUCCGGUGUGGUCGGCGUGACCUCCAUAGCAUCAUUCAACACCACGAGCGUCAUCCCGCCUGUAGACGUCUUCAACCUUCUGCGUGUCAAGAUUGACACCAACUCUCAAUUGGCUAGCACUGGUGUCUACGUUGCAGAGUCGUCCAUAGCCAUCGAUGGUACCAAGCCCUACAAUGUGGUCCCAUUGGUGAUGACGAUCAACACCCCGUUUGUGGCCAGUCUGGCUACCAGAUCAACCGCUGAAUACAGCGACCUGAAUAGCAAAUAUGCGGGAGAGCUGAAAAAUGUUCUUCUUAACAAGUAUGGGCCUAACAACCCACUGUUACUGGACACAACAUUCAGUGACAUCCCACCAGCAGUGCAGUCUUUGACCAACAUUAUCUUCAGUUCCGACAUUGUCAUUAACGCCACAGAACUUCGCUCCCUCGUUGAAAGUGAUAUCGCAUUCCCAAUGCAAACCUUUGGCGGGUCUGGUCUUACAGUGGAUGCACAGACACUCUCUGUCGACGGUCUUGUGUCACCCUACGUCUCCCAGGCAAUUCAUCUCCGCAUCAUCAACAGGCAAUUUGUCAUCGACUUAAAUGACGUCAACAGCGCCGCAUACAAAAACCUCUCCAGUGAAGUUCAGCAAGGGAUGUAUGCUGCAAUCCAUAGAUUUCACAGCAACCUUCGAAUUGUCACGAUCAACCGUUUCAGCCCUGGCUCUGUGCUAGUCGAGUCGAAUGCCACGUUUGUGGACGCCGCACCACUCGCACAGACGGUUUUGAACGAGCUGGUCGCCAGCGCAAGCCUUCCCAAUGGCCUGCAGCUCGAUCCCACAAACAUCAGUGUCAACAGCGCCACACCAACAACUGCGUCUACUACUGUAGCAAUGGUGAACGCCACAGCCACUCCGUUGGCCAACGCCACGGCCACUCCGUUGGCCAACGCCACGGCCAACGCCACGGCCACUCCGUUGGCCAACGCCACUGCCGUUCCUUCGGCGAACGCCACGGCCAACGCCACGGCCGUUCCCUCGGCGAACGCCACAGCGAAUGCCACGGCCGUUCCCUCGGCGAACGCCACAGCGAACGCCACGGCCGUUCCCUUGGCGAACGCCACAGUGAACGCCACGGCCGUUCCCUCGGCGAACGCCACGGCCAACGCCACGGCCGUUCCCUCGGCGAACGCCACAGCGAACGCCACGGCCGUUCCCUCGGCGAACGCCACAGCGAACGCCACGGCCGUUCCCUCGGCGAACGCCACAGCGAACGCCACGGCCGUUCCCUUGGCGAACGCCACAGUGAACGCCACGGCCGUUCCCUCGGCGAACGCCACGGCCAACGCCACGGCCGUUCCCUUGGCGAACGCCACGGUGAACGCCACGGCCGUUCCCUUGGCGAACGCCACGGCCAACGCCACGGCCGUUCCCUCGGCCAACGCCACGGCCAACGCCACGGCCGUUCCCUUGGCGAACGCCACGGUGAACGCCACGGCCGUUCCCUUGGCGAAUGCCACAGUGAACGCCACGGCCGUUCCCUCGGCGAACGCCACGGCCAACGCCACGGCCGUUCCCUUGGCGAACGCCACGGCCAACGCCACGGCCGUUCCCUUGGCGAACGCCACAGCGAACGCCACGGCCGUUCCCUUGGCGAACGCCACGGUGAACGCCACGGCCGUUCCCUUGGCGAACGCCACGGCCGUUCCCUUGGCGAACGCCACAGCGAACGCCACGGCCGUUCCCUUGGCGAACGCCACAGCGAACGCCACGGCCGUUCCCUUGGCGAACGCCACAGCGAACGCCACGGCCGUUCCCUCGGCGAACGCCACGGCCGUUCCCUUGGCGAACGCCACAGUGAACGCCACGGCCGUUCCCUUGGCGAACGCCACAGCGAACGCCACGGCCGUUCCCUUGGCGAACGCCACAGCGAACGCCACGGCCGUUCCCUUGGCGAACGCCACGGCCAACGCCACGGCCGUUCCCUUGGCGAACGCCACGGCCGUUCCCUCGGCGAACGCCACGGUGAACGCCACGGCCGUUCCCUUGGCGAACGCCACGGUGAACGCCACGGCCGUUCCCUUGGCGAACGCCACAGUGAACGCCACGGCCGUUCCCUCGGCGAACGCCACGGCCAACGCCACGGCCGUUCCCUUGGCGAACGCCACAGCGAACGCCACGGCCGUUCCCUUGGCGAACGCCACAGCGAACGCCACGGCCGUUCCCUUGGCGAACGCCACGGUGAACGCCACGGCCGUUCCCUUGGCGAACGCCACGGCCAACGCCACGGCCGUUCCCUUGGCGAACGCCACAGUGAACGCCACGGCCGUUCCCUCGGCGAACGCCACGGUGAACGCCACGGCCGUUCCCUCGGCGAACGCCACGGCGAACGCCACGGCCGUUCCCUCGGCGAACGCCACGGCGAACGCCACGGCCGUUCCCUCGGCGAACGCCACAGCGAACGCCACGGCCGUUCCCUCGGCGAACGCCACAGCGAACGCCACGGCCGUUCCCUCGGCGAACGCCACAGCGAACGCCACGGCCGUUCCCUCGGCGAACGCCACAGCGAACGCCACGGCCGUUCCCUCGGCGAACGCCACAGCGAACGCCACGGCCGUUCCCUCGGCGAACGCCACAGCGAACGCCACGGCCGUUCCCUCGGCGAACGCCACAGCGAACGCCACGGCCGUUCCCUCGGCGAACGCCACAGCGAACGCCACGGCCGUUCCCUCGGCGAACGUCACGGCCAACGCCACGGCCGCUCCCUCGGCCAACGCCACAGCCGCUCCGCCAACGAACGCCACUGCCAACGCCACGGCCGCUCCGCCAACGAACGCCACGGCCAACGCCACGGCCGUUCCCUCGGCCAACGCCACAGCAGCUCCGCCAACGAACGCCACGGCCAACGUCACGGCCACUCCGCCAACGAACGCCACGGCCAACGUCACGGCCACUCCGCCAACGAACGCCACGGCCGCUCCGCCAACAAAUAGUACAAGCACAGCGACCACAGUAAAAACAUCAACUCCAACCGCCGGGCCAAACGUAGCAUACUCUGUAUUUUUUAAGAUUGUCAAUCAAGUCUUUUCACCCGAUCUGGACAACAACACAAGUCCAGCUUACAAAACCCUUGAAAACAACAUUGUGCAACAGCUUGAUCAAAUUUUCAGACAAAAGUACGGAUCAAAAUUCAGCAGGACCCUUGUCUUUCGCUUCUGGCCCGGUUCAGUCAACGUUGAUGCUGAAGCAAUAUUUGUGAACGACAGCCCACCAGUGAAGGAAAAUGUGCUGAGGGCAUUUGUGAGUGGCUUGGCUCCAAAUGCUACAAUUCCAAAUACAUUACUGCAGCUAGCAACCAGCUCUAUCAACGUGUCUGAUGCCACGAUUGCCACUCUGCCACCACUCCAAGUAAACACUACCUUCCUCACGAUAAACAAGGUCUACACCAAUGCCUUGAAUAACAACACUUCAUCUGAAUACCUUGGCCUCAGCAAUCAGAUCAACCAAGAGGUGCAGAAUAUGUUCAACAGUUAUUCGGUGCAACCAGUUUCGGUGAUGACAACCUUCUCGAACAUUUCCGGUGUGGUCGGCGUGACCUCCAUAUCAUCAUUCAACACCACGAGCCUCAUCCCACCUGUGGACGUCUUCAACCUUCUGCGCACCAAGAUUGACACCAACUCUCAGUUGGCUAGCACUGGUGUCUACGUUAAAGAGUCGUCCAUAGCCAUCGAUGGUACCAAGCCCUACAAUGUUGUCCCAUUGGUGAUGCAGAUCAACACCCCGUUCAUGGCAACUCUGGCCAACCGAUCCAGCGCCGACUACGGUGCCCUGAAGAGCCAAUAUGCAGGAGAGUUGAAUAAAAUUCUGCAAACGAAGUAUGGACCCAACAACAUUCUCCUGCUGGACACAACAUUCAGUGACAGCCCACCGUGGCUGCUGUCUUCGACUGAUGUGAUCUUCAGUUCAAACACCACCGUGAACAAUACAGAACUUCGUUCCCUCAUUGAAAGCACCACCGUCUUCCCAGAACAGACCUUUGGAGGGUCUAAUCUCACAGUGGAUGUAACGACGCUCUCUGUUGCCGGCAACCUAUCCUACUAUGCCACACGGAUGAUUACACUCCGCAUCCUUAACAGGGAUUACUCUACCGACCUAACCAACAUCAGCAGCAUUGCCUACAAAAACCUCGCCAAAGCAGUUUGGAUUGGGAUUAAUGAUGUGCUGAAACCAAAGCAUAACAACCUGCAGUACAUUCUCAUCAAAGCCUUCAGGUCUGGCUCUGUGAUAGUCGAUUCAACAGCUGUAUAUGCAAACACGCCACCCUCAUCGCAGGAUGUUGUGAAUGAGCUGACCGCCAGCGGUGUCUUGCUCGGUAACCUGCAGCUCGACGCCGCAGGAAGCAGCGUGGAUGGCGUUGCACCAACGACCAGCACGACCAGCACGACCAGCACAACGGCCACAACCAUCGGCAAUCCAUCUGCUGCCUCCCCAAACACUGCACUGCCGUGCAACCCCCAACUCCAGCGUUGCCAGUCUGUACCAGCGUGGGGAAUCGCCAUCAUCAUCCUCGGCAUCAUCGGCAUUCCGGCUCUCAUCCUGCUGAGCGUUCUGGGUGCAAAAGGUCACCUAAAAUUACCAAAGUUGACUUCCUACGACUUCAAGCCAAACCAAUUUAAGUUUGGGGAAGGAUAUGAUACUGUAGGGACACACUAUAGCUACCAAGGCGGGCCUUGAAGAUGGGCCACUUUCGGACACGAGGAACCAUCCCAUGUGGACAACGAAUGCAAUAUGUAUUUAAGGGGCAUGUCUGUAAAAAAAAAAUAUCUUUUCGUUUUUAAGUUAUAAUGGCAUCGAGCGGUGUGCAACAUGAACAGCCAUGAGUUAUCAGAAUGAAAAGUUGGCUAAGUCUGGCUUGGACUGAAUAGAUGUAAAUUUGAAAUACAGUUAACCUUUCCAGCAAGAGGCAUUUUGAAAAUAGAGAAACGGUCGAGAAUUAUUGUAACGUACUGUUCUAAAUGAAGGAACUUGAUUUUAUUAAAUAAAUUGUCACCAGGGUUGUGUAUGCUAUUAAGAAUAGGCUGUGCAGCCACUGCCCAUAAACAUUUGUUUUAAUUAAUGGGAAUUCCACGUUGCAAAAUAGUUUAAUCGAUAUACAAUGUGUGGUUUUGAAAUUUUUCAUUGUUUGUCAAGGUAAAGUUUUAACCAGAUGAGGUUUUUUUUUUAUUUUAACUUAUAACCGCUGACAAUUUUAGAGCGCGCAAAAUGUAUUUUUUGUAAUGCAUCCAAAAAAUACCAUGCCAGAAAAGCAUUCGCAUUAUUAAUUCACUGAAAAAAAAGUUCACCAAACGUGUGGCGAGAACCUAAUGUGUCUUUUAAAAUAUUGUAUAAAUUGUACAACAUUUCCCUUCACAUGCAGAGCAGUCGCUGUAUGUAAUAUAGCCUCUAAUAACGAAACGGCCUAAGACUUGGACGACCAAGCAACUGGAGUCUAAUGAGGCAUAUAUAUGGAUCAGUCGACAGGCACAAUAUUCCCAGCAUCUUAUUCCACCUAACGACAAACCCAUUCUAUACAUCUAAAUCGGCCCAAGCCCCCCUCCUGUAAAUCACCCGACUUCUCUGUGUGGCUACCCUCCCACGUAGAAUCUCUCCCCCUUUCCCCAUCCCCUGUGGAAAUGGACACACUGCUGCGUGCAACAUUGAACUUCGUUUGCACCGUACGUAGCCAACCGUGCUCAUUGGAGGUGCAAGGGAAAGACGACAAACUAAACACAAAGCAGUUCUAAAAUGAAUGCAGUUUUUUUUUCCAAUCUAGAUUUAAAAGUGCAUAGCUCUAAUGGCUUCCUAAUAAUAUAAUUUCUUGGCUUAUUGGUCCCAUGUUAAUACUUUAUCCCUUCUCUUAUUUCCCAUGGUCUCUCUUCCAUUCAUGUUCCUUUUUAUUUAACCAUAUAAUUACAUCCCUUAGAUUCUACUUCCCUCUUCAACAGUGAGCCACAGGUAAAAAGUUGCAAGUCAACCACAACCAGCUCACGUCACACUUAUGAAAACCCAGUAAAGAAUAGCCGUGCCGCACCGACGAGCAUUUAAGCAAAAGUCGAAUGACAAGAUAGGAGAGGUGACUUCAAGGAAUUGUGCAAAUGGAUCCUCUCGACUCUGUUAGAAGCCAGUGAAUAUUUAAAUUUACAUCAUUGUUGAACCGUACAACUCUUACCCUUGACAACGUUGGGGAGGGGGUAACUUGGCAGAGUUUACCUGUAGUCUAAACACCUGGAACCAUUCACUGUCGAGACAUGCCUAACUUCCACAAUGAAUGCUAUUUGGUGUUGAAUUGUUUGUAUGCGUGUGGUUUUUGUUGCUGCUGCCACGCCGUUUGACAGAACAGCGUGGGUAAAACGCCAUUUUCGGAUGCCUUUUUUCUGCCUUUGGCCAUUCAUUGCAAAGGGUCACAUUUAGAUUCUCUUUCCUAAAUGAAUAAUUGAAAAUUUUAAUGAGCUUCCAAAAUUCAAGCAACCGAUGUAAUCUCUUCAUGUUCAAUUAUGUAUUAAUAUAAGAAUAUUAUAGUGUGCAGUAUUAAAAUAUUUGUGGGUAAUGAGAGUUGAUGAAAACAUUUAUUUUUGUAUAAUGGCGAUCUGUGGCGACUUCUUUGGGUAGAUGUACUAUGGUAUGUAUAAACAUGUUUUAAAACUCAUGCAUUUUUUUUAUUGGUGUUUCACAAUGGUAUAAAUACAUUGUUGUAACGGAUAUUUAAAUUACUUAGUUCAACUUAUUAAAUGUACCUGAAGUGUUUUGGGAUGAAAGCAUGUAUGGAUUGAGACGAAAACAAUACUUCUGUGUAUACUGCAUUGUACAAAUAAAGAUAUUUUUAAUUGUC